AUGGUGAUGAUCGAGGGUAUGCUGAUCACAGGAGGUAUUACUCUUAGCUACUGGAUUAACUACGGCAUGUCGUUCAUCGGAGACAAAGAGGUCGCCUGGCGGUUCCCUCUAGCCUUCCAGAUUGUCUUUGCCAUUAUCAUCUUCUGCUCUAUUCUCAACUUGCCCGAAUCUCCUAGAUGGCUUGUCAUGCAAGGCCGCAACGAUGAGGCUUUGGAGAUUCUUGAAUGUCUGAAUGAGAAAUCUCGGGAUGACCCUUACAUCAAGAAUGAGCUUAUCGCCAUUCAAGAAACUGUCACUGAAAUGAACAAGGGCUCUUAUAGAAGUCUGUUCAAGAUGAGCGAGUAUCGAGAAUUCCAUCGCGUGGCACUUGCCUAUGUCAACCAGAUGUUCCAGCAAAUUUCCGGCAUUAAUCUCAUCACCUAUUAUGCACCUCAACUGUACGCCGAAAUCGGUCUGGCAAAAGGCAACCUUCCAAAGUUGCUAGCUGCUUGCAACGGCACGGAGUAUCUGUUGGCUGCAUUUAUUCCGAUUUAUAUCAUUGAGAAAGCUGGACGUCGCCCACUGAUGCUGUUCGGCGCCGCCGGAAUGUCCCUUUCAAUGGCUGUCCUAGCCGGUACCAACUAUCGCCUAACUGUACUAAAUGAUAGCCGAGCCGGUAUCGGCCAAGCCGUCUUCCUUUUCGUCUUCAACACCUUCUUCGCUAUCGGUUGGCUCGGAAUGACCUGGUUGUACCCUGCCGAGAUCGUGCCGCUUCGAAUCCGUGCUCCAACAAACGCACUGGCAACCAGUGCCAACUGGAUUUUCAACUUCAUGGUUGUGAUGAUCACACCCGUUGCAUUCGAAAAUAUCGGAUACAAGACUUAUGUCAUCUUUGCCGUCAUUAACGCAUUCAUGUUCCCCUGCGUAUACUUCUUCUUCCCUGAGACUCGCUACCGUUCCCUGGAAGAGAUGGAUGCCAUCUUUAAGAAGUCUACUAACGUCUUCAACGCCGUUACACUCUCUAUCAAGGAACCGUACCGCUACGAUAAACAUGGCGAGCUGAAACCCGAGUAUCUUGAGGAGGCUGUCCGUCGUGUGAGUGCUGCUGAUGUGCACGUCGCCGGCGCAAAGUUUGAUAGCGAUGAAAGUGGUAUUGAGGCCAAGGCGUGA